CUCUCUCUCUCUCUCUCUCUCUCUGAAAGUCUGCAUCUUUCUUUCUUUUCAAGGUUUCUGCUUUAAUUAAUAAGAUCGAUGCGAACUUGAAAGAGAGUAAAGGGAAAACUCAGGAAAAGUGACUAGCUAAAAGCAGCAAGGUAAGGUAUAUAUGUAUAUGUAUGCGGCUGUCACCUGAGUACUUGGUUUUCCAUCCAUCUUUGAUUUGAGUGAGAGAGAUUUCAAUUCCAUGAGCAUAUUAAAGCUAGCUUUUAUAGUUUGAUUACCCUAAUUAAUCUUUCUUUGAUCUUGGGAUUUUCAAGCCUUUCAAAAACAAAAAACAGAAAAUUAUCUUUGCGCAUAUGGAGUCUGCAAAUCUCCAUCACCAGCUCCAAGAGAAUCUUAGUCGUCUCGGGUCUUCUUCUUCCUCUUCUUUAGCUACUGCCCCAUCUUACUAUGGAGUUCGAAUCAAGCAUGCUUGGACCCAGCCUCCUACUAAUACCACCAACACUGAUUUGAGCAACCCAUUAAAUUCAAGCUUCAACGGUAGUAGUAGUAGCUCUAUUAAUAUGGUACCUGAUUUGGGUAUUCACGGCUGGCCUCCUAGUAAUAGUAAUUUGAAUAGAGCUGGAAGCAGUAGUAGUGUUAAGGAAGAGCUUUCAUCAUCUUCAUCGGACUCAACCUUUCCAAAAUUUACACAAAUGCUGACCAGCCCCUCUACCACUAGUAUUAACCUUGACGAUGAUGACUACCAGUUUUCUACUCCUACAAGCCUCAGCCUUAUAAAGAAUGAGCAGAAAGAAAUGUUGAUGAAUGAUCUCAGUGAAAAACUCUUGCUCAAGACCUUGUCCUCUUCGGGAAUUAAUCAUUCAUUAGCUGGGGAUCAUCUUCAUCAUCAAUUUUACAGCUCAAAUAACAACCAUGUCCAGAACUAUACCCACUUGAUGCCUGGGAGAACAGGAGGGCAAUACUUCAGCCAAAUUUAUCCAAGUAUAAAUAUUUCCAACUUAAACCAACAGGCAUCGCCGUCGUCAACAAUCUCAAGCUGCAGCUCCUUAGACAUGAACUUGCAGGCUAUGGAUCUUUUAGCUUCUUCGAGAUUUAGUACUCAUGAACCUUCUAAUUCACAUGAAGCCCUUGGCAUAUACAACAAGGAAGUUCGGCCUAAUUUCUUUGGUCUUCAACAGAUGCACCAGUCAAGAGCAGAUCAUCAUCAUAGUCUGCUAUCUUGCGGUACCAAUAGUAAGAUAUCUCCUUUUGAGUAUGAAACCGCAGAAGUAAAGCGACCCGGCAGUUUGAUAGAGCCAACGGCAACACAAGCAGCUGCAUCUAAGAAAUCGCGGUUAGAGUCACGCACUCCCUGCCCACCCCUUAAGGUUAGGAAGGAGAAACUAGGCGACAGAAUUGCAACUCUUCAGCAAUUGGUUGCACCCUUUGGCAAGACGGACACAGCAUCCGUACUAAUGGAGGCUAUUGGAUACAUCAAGUUCCUUCAAAACCAGGUUGAGACACUAAGCGUCCCAUACAUGAAAUCAUCACGCAACAAGUCCUCUAAAGCAAUGUUGCAAGGGAGUGUGGUAGAGAUGAAUGGCUCAGAGGGAAAGCGUGAUCUGAGAAGUAGAGGGCUGUGUCUGGUGCCCUUGUCGUGCAUGUCGUAUGUCGCCGCAGGUACUGAUGUCGCCGCCACCACUGCUGGUGUUACUGGAAGCGUUAACUGGCCAAACCCUAAUUAUGGUCAUGGAGGAACUUGAAAUAGGAUUAGUCAUGUUCUGAAUUCUUUUUAAUCGCUUAUCUUUUAAGGUUAUAAUUGUAACCGCGGGUUGAUGAAAUCGAUCAGCUCCAAUAUCCCUCUGCAAGGCCGCCUAGCUCUAAAGUAUGCCAUUUAUGUUCAAUAAGGCCUCUCAAGUUCAAUGGAGCAAAUUUUGUUGUCCUCUAAGCAGUCAGAACAGGGAUGGAAGUUUGAUCCAUUAACCAUUCAUCGAUGCAUGUACUGUUGAUUGUAGAUCUUCUUAUAUAUGCAGUUUUAAUCUGAUUUCAAUCCGUUA